AUGACGAAAGCUAGAGCGCCCGAGCGCCAUCAUCACCACCAUCAUCAACAUGCAGCAUCAACGGCGGCAUCAACACCGACAGCAACACCAAACGGACGAUCGUUUGCGCCAUCGAUGGCAGGCUUUCUGCUCAUCGCGAUGGCGCUGGUAUUGUGCGGUCUGCCCGACGAAUGCACCGGCCAGCGGGAGUCACAGCUCCGGCUCGGUAAGGUAGUAAACGUGUUCCUGCGCUACGGCUAUCUGUCGAUAUCGAUGAAGGUCAUCUCGUACAACGAUAGCGAACGCUGGCUGUUCAAGGAGCCAACGAACAACGUCUUCAAGGGUCUGGACCUGAUGAGGACGGAAGAGUAUGAGGUUAAGCCGGGCAUUUUCAACGGGGACUUCCACAUGGAGUUCUGCGACAAUCGGCGCCAGCUGUUCCAGGCUUACUUCCGGGACUUUCAGAUCGAACGGCUCGACAGCCCGUGGCGGGCAUACACCGAAGGUUGGCACCCGGAAGUGGCCGCAAAGAAGCUCGGCAUCCACGCGAAGUACCUCGAGCGGGACGACUACUGUUACGUGUUGGUCCGGGUGUCCCGUUUCCGGGACAGUUCCCGGUUCGCGAAACCGAUCCCACCGAACCAGACGCUCGAACCGGAGGUGGCCCGCCGGGUGCAGGGUGUCGUCGUCGGUGAUACGACGUCCGCCGUGCAGUUCAUGAAUCGGUACGGGACGCACUAUAUCAACGCGUACGUGACGGGCAACUCGCUCUAUCAGGUGUUUGUGUUCAACAAGCGCAACUACUCGCACGUGAAGGAAAAGCUCAAGACACGCGGCGUCCUCGCGAUAUCGAAGGUGGACCUGUACGAGCACUUUGCGCCCUGGUACGUGGAGCACAUGGGCAAGAUACGCUGUGCCAGUGGAAAUGCGACCGUUGAGGCGUGGGCCGCUCGAAAACUGCGGCACUCGUACUACGUCUUCACGUACAGCACGCUCCUGAAGCUGCACGGCGAUGGUGCACUGUUGCGGAUACUGAGCGAGUUGCUGCAAAACGAAGCCAUCCUGCAGCUGGACCUGCGCUCGCUUAGUAUCAUCUUCAAGGAACCGGCGAAGCGCGCUUGGUUCGAGGAGAUCCUUGACAACUACUUGAAGCUCUGGGAAGUUAACAUGUAACUGCUACGUUUAGGCUAGCACCUAUAGAUAGACGAGAUGAUGGCGACGUUUUGCUGCAGUAGAAUUCAAGGCAUUUGCGUACACACACACACACACACCCUACCCCGAGUCGCGCACUCACUCCAGGUUCCAGUGACGCGUGCGAAUCGUACGUACAACCGCGGGAAGGAUACGAUCCCGAUGCGGUCACAAUACGCAAAAGCCAGAAUGCAGGACCAAACCGGGCGAACAGGUGCAAAAAUGACGUGUUUCUCGCUAGGGACACACUUUAGACAUUAAGUUAGAAGGUCUGUCGCGGGAUCCGAAGUGUCAUACACACACACACACACACACACACACACACACACACAUACACUGAAUUCUCCACUCCACUCCACUUCACGCUACUGUACUACUUCCACUUGCUGUGAUAGAUUUAGCUAAUAGAGAGUGGGUUUAGCCAGAAGAUUGGAGCCCGGAAGUACGUGUGCAGAAUUAAAGAGAGAGAGAGAGAACGAGAGUGGCGUUCGUGUAGCAUAGGCCAUUAUCAAGCGAAACUAGGCAAAACACGUUUGCCAGCGGAUCUUCGUUUUUCACUUACUUGCAGAAGGUGGACAACCCGCGUCAGGUAUAGCGACCUGACAAUUAGCGCGCGUAUUAUGCACAAGGGAAGAAAGAGGACUUUUGUUGCCGCAAAAUACAGGAUCCUUGGCAUUCGAUGGUCGGUUUAAAAUCAACUAGUGAUAGUCAUAUUUAAGUGAUCGGUAAAUAAACAGAACAAGCUUUAAACAGUAACAGCUUUAGAUUUGCUGCAGGUCCAACAACAUCAUUUUGCGUGCCUGCGUGGUGUUUGUUCGGAUGUUUAUGUUUUAACCGAAAAUUUUAUCGUUUCUUUGCCCUUCAUCAACAAAGGCAAAAUGUUUGUUGUUUCCAAAUAUUUAUUCAUCAACCAUUCAGUUUGCUUUCUUUGUUUCACUUUUCCUCAACACAACCUAUAUGCAGG